GGCUCAUUUUGGGAUUCACCUGAAGAAUGCGAUCCUUCUUUGCUAUUGUCGCAGCGGCCGUGACGGCCGUCGUGUCCGCGUCGGACGUGGUGACACUGACCCCCAAUACCUUCAAGUCUGUGGUGGAUGGAUCGAAAAACGUGUUUGUGAAAUUCUAUGCCCCAUGGUGCGGUCAUUGCAAGAACUUGGAGCCGACGUGGGAAACGUUGGCAACUUCGUUCAAAAAUGUGGACGACGUCGUGAUCGCCAAGGUGGAUGCUGAUGAACACAAAGAAUUGGGUUCGGAAUGGGAAGUAAACGGAUUCCCCACGCUCAAGUUUUGGAACAAGGGUGCCAAGUACCCUGACCCGUACAAUGGCGGGCGCAGUGAAGACGAAUUGAUUGAAUUUGUCAACAAGGCCGCGGGCACGAAUGUUCGUGCCGUCAAGCCCUUCUCUCAUGUCGUGGCCUUGACGGAAUCUGACUUUGCGUCCAUCGCUCAAGACCCCACCAAGCACGUGCUGGUGGAGUUUUACGCUCCGUGGUGCGGCCAUUGCAAGUCGUUGGCGCCGACAUGGGACAAGCUUGGUGCUGUAUUUGCCGGUGAUGACAACGUUGUUAUCGCGAAGGUGGAUGCGACUGCGACUGGUGAGUUGGCCAAGAAGUUUGGUGUGUCAGGCUACCCCACCAUCAAGUACUUCGGCACGGGUGCGUCGGAACCGGAAGACUACGGCUUGGGCCGUGACUUGCCCGACUUUGUCAGCUUUGUUAACGAACAUGCCGGUACGCACCGCACUGUGGAUGGCGGUUUGUUGCCGAUGGCGGGUCGUGUGGAAUCGCUGGACGUGGUGAUCAAUGCUGCCGGUGACAUCACCAAGGACACAUUGAACAGCGUGGAAAAGAUCGUGGAAGGCCUCGAAGGCGAUGCGCUCAAGCAUGGCAACUUGUACGUGAAAGCGUUGAAGAAGGUUUUGGACAAGGGCGUGGCCUUUGUGGACAAAGAAAUCGCCCGCUUGGACCAUUUGGCCAAGGACACGAACGUCGCCCCGUCCAAAAAGACCCAAUUCCAAGUGCGCAAGAACAUCCUGGAAGCUCUGAAGAAGCAAUCCGCAUAAACACUCAACAUACAGACGUGUUAUGCAAUAAAAGUCUAGCUUGAGCUGUCGACGCGGCCGUCUGACGAGUUUCGUGGGCGACUGUGGAUUCAUCUCCAUCACCGCAGAGCCAUCACAUCAUACCUACCUUGGUACUCGGCAGACUCAGCAUGGAUGAAGUGGGCGCUCGUCGUCACUUAAGCCAAGUAUGGCCGUCAACCCUCCGUCGUUGUGGCGCAAAAGCCCCAGAAGUGUUGAUUGCGUUCAAUAGAACUUGGACGUGAUCUGGCUUGUCGAACCUCGUUCAAACACGAUAGAGUCUGGCUUUGCACUCUUACAGGAUCAGUGGGGUGAGUUGACGAACUCAAUGGCCGACUUGACGCUGGCGAGAGUAUGCCGGACGAAGACCUGUCACUUGCCACGGGAAAAGCA